CAAGGGGUUUGCAAUUUACGCAGACUGUUGUCUGUUGGACUGACUCAUGGAGAACAGAUCAAACGCUGGAAGAUUGGACAUCACUUCUACCAUUAUCACCCGCUCCUUCCAACUCCAUCCGCAAAAGAGAGGCUUCAAAGUCCGGACGACAACCUGACAACCGGGCGGAGGCAGCUGGUACCCUCGCCUUUCGCCCUUUACCCUUAAUCUUGCGAUCUCCUGCCCCGCACACUCAAGCUCACCUCUUCCUUUGCCAUAUUCCCCUCCAAGGAAGAAGACUCCUUCCUUCGACAUAGCAACACCUUCUAUCUCUGACCAUCCAUUCGGCAAUAUCUCUCACCGCACGCGCGCGCAACUGCCUCAUCGAAGCAAGGAGCCGCAUCAUGGCUUCCCGACAACAGAGCUCCCAUAUGGCUCAACCCAUGGGCAAAGCGGCGAUGGGCCGUCAGGUCGCCGAGCCCAUCGCCGCCUCCGAGGAGUACAUGAAGUACCUGACUAACCUAAUCCCCUCUACAACGGAACUCAUCAAGGCUGGAUUCGUCGUGACCCCGCUCACAAAGAAGGAGCUUCAGACGAAGGUCAAGUGCAAGAAAUGCAACAAGAAAUGCACCAAAACCGAUCGCCCACCUAGGGACCCCUCACACGCCGGUGACGGCUCCAGCAAUGGCAGCUUCGCGAACGAAACUACCUCUACUGCUUCCAACGCUGGCUCAAGCCACACAGGCCACAAGCGUAGACACAGGAGCCAUGGCAAACCGCAUGAUAAGGGCAAGCAGGGAGACGCUACCUCUACCAACAGCAAGCAAGAGCAGCCCAGGAUUAUCUGCAAGUACCAUCCAGGACGGAUUAAGAACAAGACCUGGACCUGCUGCUCCCUCCACGUUUCUCAACCCCCCUGCUCCGGCGCCCCCACUCACACCCCCCUCACCUACGCUCCCGGCGCCCUCGAAGCCCGUUGGCUUUUCGUGCCAACCCCGCCUCACCCUUCCUCCAACCCUCAGGCCCCUCAGUUCCGCUCCGCCGUCGCCAUCGACUGCGAAAUGGGCACCUCCGCAGACCUCGAAUCCGAACUCAUCCGUUUAUCCCUCAUCGAUUAUUUCUCCGGCCAAAUCCUCAUCGACUCGCUCGUGCGCCCGCUCGUCCCAAUGCAACACAUGAACACGCGGUACUCGGGCGUCACGCGGCAAGAUAUACAGAAUGCGGUGCGCAACGGGACUUGUAUCCUGGGCGGACUGGAGGAGGCUAGAAGGGAGGUGUGGAAGUUUGUGGGACCGGAAACGGUGGUGGUUGGACACUCGGUCAGGAAUGAUUUGGUUUGUUUGAGGUGGAUUCAUACGAGGUGCGUGGAUAGUUUGUUGGUGGAGGAGGGGGUGAGGAAAGAAGUGAAGAGGAGGGAGGAGGUAGAGUGGGAGGAGAAGAUGGAUGGGGAGAUUUCGAGGAUGUUGGUGAUGGCUGCGACGAAACAUGGUAAGAAUAAAUCGGAGUUCCUGGAUGACGAGGAGGAGAAGAUCAAUAAGAAGGAAGAAGAGGAGAAGAAGAAGAGGGAGAGGAGAUCACGGGAGGGGAUGUCGUUGAAGGCGUUGGCUGAGAAGAAGCUGGGUCGCGUGAUCCAAGAUGGUGGGAAGAAGGGCCAUGAUAGUGUUGAGGACGCUGUUGCGGCUAGGGAUUUGAUCCACCACCACAUUUUGGGUCUGAUGCAGAAUGACAAGGAGGAGAGGGAGGAGAAGGCUCGGAAGGAGGCUGAGGAGAAGGCCAAGGAGGCUGCCGAUGAUGGUCCUGAGACAUGGGGAGCUCCGCCCAUGAAUUAUUGUGUUUCCCAUUUUCCCGCGGGCUGGGGCAUUUGAGACACAGGGAAGGAACUUACCUGCUUCAACGUCAAGGUAGUUGCCCUGAAGAAAGCUCAAGUCAUGAUGAACCGGAGUCGUAGAUAGCUGCAAGCGCAGGCGGAGGACAUGGAUGGAUCAAUGCUACCAGGUAGCUUCGCAGGUGAAAACAAAGACAGAACGAUAUUGCCUGUAUGUUAAGAUAUUUGUAUGUCGAG